AUGGAGAAUAUCAUUACACCUUCACCUUCAUCUUAUUCCAUCUCCCUUACCCAUGAUACCGAUUCCAGAAACUCCUCAAUUAUCCACAAACUUGAAUCUUGUAAAUCCUUAAAAGAACUCAAACAAAUCCAUUCCUACAUCAUCAAAACAUCUCCAACAUUACCACACCAAACCCAACAAUUGGUGUACACCACAAUCAUCUCUAUCUCUGCUAGAACAUCAAACCACGUUCCUGAUAUCACCUACAUCCACUCUCUUUUCAACAAACUCGAGAACCCAACAAUCGAUCUGUAUAACAUCGUCAUAAGAUCAUUCAAUCAUUCGAAUCAAAACCCUCUGUUCGCAUUGUUGUUUUACAGUGAUUUGCUUGUGAAAGGCUUGAUUGGGGAUAGUUUUACCUACCCUUAUGUCCUGAAGUCGUGCACACUUUCUUACGCGUUGAGAGAAGGCGAACAGAUACAUUCACACGUGAUUAAAAACGGGUUUGUGUUGAAUUUAUACGUUGUGAACACAUUGAUCAGUUUUUAUGGUGCUUGUGGUGCUAUGGAAAACGCCCAGAAGGUGUUCGAUGAAAGUCCUGAAAGAGACUUAGUGACUUGGACCACGUUGAUUCAAGGCUAUGUGAAAAGGGGUUGUUUAGAAAAAGGAAUGCAAGUGUUCUAUGAGAUGUGUGAAGCAGGUGUUAGAGCAGAUGAGAUGACAAUGGUGAUCUUGAUUUCAUCAUGUGCAAAGUUGAGAGACAUUAAUCUUGGUAUAAAAUUACAUAAAUAUAUCUAUGAUCAUGAUCUGAAUUUCGAUGUCUACAUAUGUAAUGCUUUAGUUGAUAUGUAUCUCAAAUGUGGUAAUCCAACUUUAGCCAUUAAACUCUUCAACAAAAUGCCUUUGAAAAACAUUGUUUCUUGGAACUCGAUAAUACUAGGACUAAUUCAACAAGGAAAGUUCAAGAUUGCAAUGAAUGUUUUCAAAAAGAUGCAAAGUCAAAAAGUCAAACCUGACAAUAUCACUCUAGUUGGUGUUCUCAAUUGUUGUGCUAAUUUAGGAACACUCAAACAAGGUAAAUGGGUACAUUCUUACAUCAACAAAAACGGGAUUAAAACAGAUGGAUUUAUAGGAAACGCACUUUUAGAUAUGUACACAAAAUGUGGAGACAUAAAGAAAGCCACUUAUGUUUUCAACCAUAUGAAACAUAAAGAUGUUUAUACAUACACAAACAUGAUACUUGGGUUUGCAAUACAUGGAGAAGGACAAAAGGCAUUAAAACUUUUCUCUGAGAUGCCUAAAAUAGGAAUAACACCAAAUGAUGUAACAUAUUUAGCUGUUCUAAUGGCUUGCGCACAUUGUGGAUUUGUAAAAGAAGGAUUCAAUCAUUUUGUUAACAUGUUAAAAGUCCACAAUAUUAAACCUCAAAAAGAGCAUUAUGGGUGUAUGGUUGACCUUUUAGGUCGUGCUGGAUUGUUAAGUGAAGCUGAGGAUUUUAUACGAAAUAUGAAUAUAGAACCUGAUGGUUUAAUUUGGGGGGCAUUACUAGCGGCGUGUGGGACCCACAAGAAUGUUGAGAUUGGAAAAAGGGUGAUGGAAAAAGUGGAUAAGAUGAUGGAUAAAGAUAAAGAUAAAGAUGGUGCUUUUAUACUUAUGUCGAAUUUGUAUUCAUCUGAAAACAGAUUUAGGGAUGCGUUUAAGUUGAGAAAGAUUAUGAAAGAAAGGAAGAUCAAGAAGAGUCCAGGUUGUAGUUCGAUUGAAGUUGAUGACGUGGCAUAUGAAUUCAGAAAAGGGGAUAAAUCCCACCAACAAACGAAAGAGAUAUAUAUGUUGCUUGAUAUAAUGGGAAAACAUUUAAAGAAUAAUGACCAGAUAAUAAUCUAA